AAGCUUGUUGCUUAAAUCUGUGCAGUGCCACAAAGUAAUGAAGAAAUGCGGACGUGUACAUGGACGAAAUAACAAGUUACACUUCUACGAACAGGGCGAGAAUUAAAUGUGUUGUCGAACAGACAUUUCGGGAGCACUUGACAUCUUGUUUUCGUUAGUUCGGCCGCACUGCCGUGUCGUUCGUCCUAGCUGGUGCGUGAUCCUCUGGGAAGCGGUUCAUCCGUGAUGGUGAGAUCACAAGCAGAAAGUGCCUUUUAGAGGAUAUCCCUGACUUGAAGUUGGAACGUGGACACUGCUGGUUUCUGCUUUCUGUCAGGCCAGACUUGGGCAACAGCACCGGAUACCUCAGCUGCAAGCCCUUUGCCACCACUUUGCACAACGUCAGCACCUAAACAAAUCAAAUAGAGCCAUAAUAUAAGGACAGAGAAUACUGACCUGAGAAUGUAUGACUGAAGUGACAAAUCUCCAUUAAAUUUCCCUCACUUGUCUGAUAUUUAUGGGCACCGUCAUUUGUGGAAUAUACACUUGAACGUGUCUCAAAAAAAAAGAAACACUUCUCCAGUUGUUUCUUUUUGAUGUGUUAUUCCUCAGUCACUGACCAGCCAUCUGAUCUCUCUGCUCCACCUAAUGGAGGACUCACCAGGUUGUUUUAAAAGAGGGCUUUGUACAUAGAGCCAACCUACAGCUUUUGGUGUACGAGGCACGUCCCAACAAGAUUGAUUUUUAAAACUCACAUUUAUGAUCAUAACCUUUGGACAUGGCGUUGAACAUUUCUUCAGUAAGAGACACAAAAUGGCUAACUCUGGAAGUCUGUCGACAGUUUCAGCGAGGAAACUGCUCACGUAGUGAUGAGGAAUGCAAAUUUGCUCAUCCUCCGAAGAGCUGCCAAGUUGAAAAUGGGAGAGUUAUUGCCUGCUUUGACUCACUGAAGGGCCGAUGCUCAAGAGAAAACUGCAAAUAUCUUCAUCCACCUUCACACUUAAAAACCCAGUUAGAGAUAAAUGGGCGCAACAAUCUCAUCCAGCAGAAGACAGCAGCAGCCGUGCUGGCCCAGCAGAUGCAGCUCAUGAUCCCAGGAUCCAGUCUGCAGCCUGUGGGACUUGGCACAAAUACUGGUCUUUGUUACGGUUCAUACAUGACACCAUUGAGCCACGGAAUGAGCCUCGUCCCAACAGACAACCUCCCCAGCACCCCGGUUCUUGUUCCCGGGAGUCCACCUAUCACCGUCCAGAGUUCUUCUUCCUCCUCUUCUUCUUCACCCUCACAGAAGCUGCAGCGUACGGACAAACUAGAGGUGUGCCGCGAGUUUCAGCGGGGAAGCUGUGCAAGAGGGGAGACAGACUGCCGCUUUGCUCACCCCAGUGACAGUCCAAUGAUUGACACCACUGAUAACACUGUCACUGUUUGCAUGGACUACAUCAAGAGUCGCUGCUCCAGGGAGAAGUGCAAGUAUUUUCACCCGCCUGCACACUUGCAGGCCAAAAUCAAAUCCAGUCAACAGCAUGUCAGUCAGACAGCCGUGGCAGCCCAGGCCGCAGCCGUGACUCAGUCGACUGCCAAAGCAAUGAAGCGAUCCCUCGAGGCAACUGUAGACCUGGCCUUUCCCCACAGUGUCCUCCAGCCCCUACCAAAGAGACCAGCUCUUGAGAAGAGCAGCUGGGCCAACUCUCUCCUCAGCCCCAGUUUUUUGCACUACCAACAGGCUCUGGCCAACACACAGCUGCAGCAGCCCACUGCUGCAUUUUAUCCCACAGGUUCUGUCUUGUGCAUGACUCCCGCAAACAGCGUUGUCCCCAUGAUGUACAGUGCUACGCCUGCUACUGUCUCUGCAGCCACUUCUCCCGCCACAAGUGUCCCCUACGCAGCAACAGCACCAGCCAAUCAGAUAAUCCUCAAGUAACCACCAGGAAAAGAAGCCAGUGCCAUGUUGCUGCUGUUAAAGACCCCAAACAACUGCUCUGUAAAUACUCUGUUAACACCACACACAACCUACAAAGAGCUGCAUGCUGAUAACGUCACUGAUGAAAAAGUUGUAGACAUUAUUUGAUCCCUCAUAAUAAAUGACAUAGCUCAAUUACUAGGAUUAAACUGUGUUAGAUAAAUGUCACAGAAGAUUGUUGUGUGUACACGCCUUUGCACCUGCAUUAACAUGCAUCUUCAGUUAUGUGCAUAAUAUCCUGGUUUCAUUUCCUGAACCAGUUCUUACAAGUCAAAAGCUGCAUUUAGCCUCGUAAUGAGCUGAAAUGCAGUAACGUCUCCAGUUCACAUACAGGGGCCUCAUAAAUAAAAACGGAUUCAACCAGGAAACACGUGCAGUGAAGAUACAGUGGUAACACCUAUAUACUAACUAAUGUGCAACUAAAGUGUUGUUCACUCACAGUUUAAUCAUGUAAAUAUCACAAGUGGAAGUAAUGAGCAUAACAGAUCUAAUCUGAAGAAGUUUUCAGUGUGUAGACAGUACUUGUUAAUACCAGGUGUAAAGGGGUCCUGUGUUGGAGAUUGUUAAGAUUAUUGUUUCCGUCAUGAGUGCGUUAUGUAAACGAAGAUAAUUUUUUUUCACAUUAAUGAUUGUUUAUUUAGUGCCAGAUUUCAUUAUUUCAAACAAACUAGUAGAAAGCACUUAUUUUAACUUUAAACUCUACAUUGUAAAAAUGAUGGACGUACAUUGUUUAGCCUGUCAUCCCCAGAGAACAGGAUCAGUGCUCCACCCCCUGGUGUGCCUUUGCAUUGCAUAUACAGUAUGUUUGCUGAGAGACAAUACUGUAUAAUCCAUUUGCUGCACAAACUCUUUUUCUUCAAGGUAGUGAAGCAACGAUAAUUCAAAGAGUUCAAUUUUCCCCUCUUCAUUAUUAAAAAAAAAAACACCAUUUGGAUUUUUUGUCACAGUGAUGGUCGUGUCGUUGGAAGCCUUUUUCCCUGCUGGGGCCAGUUUCACAAAGAUAGACACUGACAAUUGCUCAGGUCAAACUAAUAUAAUUAAUAACUAUAACUAAUAUAGAUUUCAGUACGGCGUCUAAAUUCAAGCUGUGUGGUUGUCUUGAAAGGAAAGGUCACUGAAAUGUGGGUAAUACAUGCAAAUGAAUAGUGUUAAACUUCCGUGCAGAGCUCCCUGCUCAUUUGCAGGCUCUUGCGCUGUUUUUCGAACUGCAGAUUUCACAAACUCGGAUCAAACUAGACGGUGCCCGAAACAUAUUUUAGUGUACUGGCUUGAAAAUGGACAGGCAAAACCAAGCACCACCCAACGCGCAGUACGUCACCCACCAGGUGGAGCGCUGUGGUCCCAGUGCAUUCUGGUUGUUGUAGGUUUUCUACCUUUUGAACAAAAGGGAAUCUCACCACUCCAUUUCUCUGUUUUCUCUGAUCAUGUAGCACCAUUUUCAAAAAUAUUUUCAUCUUUCUGCUGCAUAGAUAGCCCAGUUUUAUGAGAAGACCAUCUUUCGAUGGUGAACUACUUCUUGAAGCAGCAAUAAUGGUGAACCAAAUAACCACAUUACAUGGCUCAACAGGCACAGGGAUAUUUUACUGGGAAAAUUCAGUGAAGAUUGUAACAAUACAGAAAACUUCCGGUGGUAUAACAUCUCAACGCAGUGCAGACCUUUAGCAAAGAUGAGAGGUGGCAGGAUUCAGUACUUCUGCUAACUUGUCAGGCAGGUUCAGAACAGUUUCCUUAAACAUACAAAAAUGACUGACGAUGUCGUCUCUCCUUUGUAUUUCCCACAGGCUACUUCAGUCUCUAAAAACUCGCUCUACAACAUUAUUAAAAUUAUUAACCAUGUUUUUUCCUCUUCUUUGUCAUUUGGCGCCACUAGUCAGCAGGGGUCACAAAUUGCUACCAUGGAAACAUCUUAGUUUUGGGUUUUUAGUAUUGAAAGACUGGCCUAACUCUGCAGGCCAGUCUGACCAGUCUUUGUGAAACGGGCCCUGGUUCACAUUGAAGAUAUAGCAAACCAUGUUUUUAGGAAGAGCCUCCACAGGCAAGUUAACUCAGUAAAAUGGUGUGGAAUUACUACUGCUCAUAUUCAAACUUAAGUUCUUGCAAGCCUCUAAGGGCUGAGCCGAGUAGUGUGUGAACAGUCUUAAUGUUACAGUCAGCUGUCAGUACUGUAUUAUUUGAAUGUUACAAGUGCCUAAAGAAUAGUGCGGAUGAGGACGUCCAUGCAUAUUUAAAAGGCUUCGUGUGGAAAAAUCACUCAUUUAAAUCUACUUUACUUAAGUCACAUGUAGAAAGACAUGUUUUGCAGUGUAUGUCAGUGCAUUGGUAUUUUGUGUGCUCCUGUUUAGAUUUAGUAUUUCAGUUCAUUUUCACUGAAGCUCAAACUUGUAUGUGUACGACGUGUAAGAGCUGAUAGCUUAAUUUUCAUUAGUUUCUCUUUUAAGAUGUUUACGUAGUUUGUGACUAUGUUUUAUAUUUAGUUUUAGCCACAGUAAAAUACUUUAUGUAGUAAAGUAGAGUUUAAGGAAGGAGGCUUUUUUGUGAGACUUAGUUGCGUAUGGUUGAUUAUGCAAUUACCCAUCUUUGUUUGAAACGUCCAGCAGACAGAGUGGGGGUUGUAGCUGGUUGGAAUGAGAACAAAACUGAUGUUAAAAACAGUUUUGUUGCUCAUUUUCAUCUAAGUUUUAGUUCCCUGUUUUGCAAACAGUGUGUGCAAAUGUCAACCUGUCCUUUAAUGUUUCCUUUGUCUUUUUAAGUGACUGAAAUAGGGUUUUGGGGGUUUUUUUUGUUUUUUUGUUUUUUUUGGAAUGAAAAUGUGUGUGUGCACUUGUGUGUGUGAUUAACUCAGACAAUCCACCAAGACAUUUGUUCACACUUUUUUCACCAUUAUUGGAUGGAAUAUAAGGAGUAUACGUGCAUACUUUACUAGUUUAACAUAAGAAAAGAACACUUUUAAAAUGUACUUUCUUCUAUUUUAUGAUGAAUGUAAUUUAUUAAACUGACUUUAGUUCUGCGCGAGGUUCCUCAAAGGGCCUCAAUCUGUUGUUUUAGCCUAUGAGAAGCCGUCUUGUGUCCGGGGAUCGAAUGUUGGCGCAAAGCGAAGCUUAAAACAUUUCAUCCUUGUCACUGCCUCGUCACCUGUAAGGGACAACGAACCUUUGUAUGAGCAAGGCCAUUGAAUUGCUUUUUAUGUGCAAAAGUGCAUUGUACAGGACACAUUUUACGAAAAAACAACUUUCAUAAUAGCGUGGUAAUAGUUUGUCAUUAAAUUGUUUUGACGUGUUGCUGAGGCAAUCUGAAGUUGCAGUGAUAAAAACUGUAUUUUUGUAGGUGAUGAAAUUGUUUUACCUUCUCACAAUAACACAUUAGAUUGUACUGUCAGAUGUUUGACUUUAUUAUGCCAUGGUGUGAAACACUGUAAGUGAUCCAGUGCAUAAAAUAUAUUUUGAAAUGUGCUUUUUGUGUUUUGUAUGGUUUCCAUUGCAUGUUAACAUCUUGCAGCCAAAAUGUAACCCCCCCCCUCAGAGAAUCCAGGCUGCUGAGCGCUGAACUCUUGCAGACACGAGUCAAGACGGUCAGGAGUUGAUGCUUCAGUGGCUUUUUAAACCUUUUUCAAAAUAUGAUAGCUUUCAAAGUUUAGGUUAUUAGAUAUAUGUCAGUUUUUCCCUUAUUUAUUUCACCUGCAGAUAAAAGGCAUGUAACCGAAUGUUUGUUUCAUCUUCUGGCAAAAAGCUUGAAUGUCAUGGAUACACCUGCACGUGGAGGCUGUUUGAGAUUUUGAUCACCCAGUCAAAAAGAUAUGGACAGUAAGAAUGUUUGGUCUGACUGACUGAUGGAAACAUUUCUCUUAAGCACUUUCUCAACAGUCAGAUGACUGGGAAGAUGUGCUGCUUUUUGUGAACUUUGCCUUAUCUUUGAUCUAUUGAUAAGUUUGUAUUUGUUCAGUAAUGACGAAUUCCACAUUGUCUCAUAAAUAAAAUACAUUUCUCUGAGCUUGUCUGUGAAAUUACUGCUACAUGAGGUUUUUCAUGUGAAGCCAAAACGAUAGUUUGGAAAACAAACCCACAGACCAUCCUGAGACAAGACUUGAUGUUGAUGUUCUUCAAUAAGAUCAAACCUCUUCAGUGCCAUUUGGUUCCAUCCUGGCCUGAAUAUAAACUUUCCCUCAUUUAAAAAACAAAACAAAACACUUAUUUGUGAAAAUUACUUUAUUUGUGCAUAAACACUUCAUGUCGAUAGUUCCUGUAAAUUCAAAAU